AUUGUUUAAAUACAUAGAUACAGUACUGUAGUACAAAAUCCCAUUUCAUCCGUGUUGAAAAAAAAAAGCACAGGAUCUAUGGAGAACGUCUUGAGGAUAGACCAUAGUAUUAUUCCAGGGUUCCAAGCUCACUUAGGAAUGUUAAAACGGGGAAUCAGAUUUUGCUCUCUUAUGCCUCUUACAUCACAUACCCAGCAAUGGUGGCAUUUAAAUUAUUUUACAUAUUUUUCCAUAUCGCACAGGCCACAAUUUUUGUCUAACAGAUAUUAAAGCUAGAAUACAUGCUUAAAAUAAGUACCUGAAACAAUAGGUGAUGUUAUUAGAAGAGGUUCAGUGGGCUACUUAUCAGUUUAAUAUAACUCUUUGUACCUAUAGAUAACAAAUGAUCCCGAGGAUUCCUGGGCCCAUCACUUUUGGGGACUAAUUCCGGGACAGAUGACUCCAGAUAAACUAUAUUUAUCUGGUUAUAUUUAUAUUGCCAGUUUGUUAUUGCUGUUAUCAUUUUGCUUUCUUGAUGUGGUUAAUACCUGUCCUGAGAAGUAAGGAUUUUAAAAAUUACCGUUCGAUGAAUAUCCCAAAAUCUCAUUAAAGCAUGUAUCAACCUUGAGUUAAAUGGGGUUUUUUUGUAUCCCAUAGUUUAGGAAUACAUUGGGUGAAAUUCCAUGGAGUUCAGGCUUAUCAGUGUUUGUUGGCACAAAGUUUUCCUGUAAAUCAUCUACGAAAGAAAACCGAGUGCCUUAAAGAAAAAUUCAGUCCUUCGAUCUUUCCAGCCAUAAACUCCUAAGACCUCAAGGUCGCUGUAAGGGGCGAGGGAACUGUUACUGCCCGGCCUCUCAGUUUGGGGCGUGGCUUUUGCGAGCUGCCGGCCUCAUUGGCUGAGGCGGCGUCCCCGUCCUCGCCGGUCGGUUCUAAGCUGCUCUGAGCGAAGAAUUCUCUCUUGACGGAGGAACGUUCCUACGAGGGCAUUAUGCUUCCCUCUCUGCACUACCUCUGCCGGCGUAUACCCCAUAUACCCAUAGCCAGUGUGGGUCUGGUACGUAGAUAUUUAUCUUGGGAAAAUGAGCAGCGAUGCCGAGGGCUGCUAAAGGCAUCCACCGCCCGAUACAGGAAAGAAACUGUGGGGGCAGCUGUGCUGGUGUCUCUGUGCUCCGUGGCUGGGGACCCAGCUAUCCUGUACACUCUGCGUUCCAAUGCUCUGACCGGUUUGUACAAAGGAGAAGUCAGUUUCCCAGGUGGUAAGCGUGAUGACUCUGACCAGGAUGCCAUUACCACAGCACUCCGGGAGACCCAUGAAGAGCUGGGUAUAGAGUUAAAGGAGGACUGUGUCUGGGGAAUCAUGAGACCUCUGCCUGAUAGGACUAAUAUGAUGGUGGCUCCUGUACUAGCAAACUUGGGGCCUCUGGAGAACCUGAUGCUGAAGCCUAACCCCCACGAGGUUGAGACUGUCUUUACGUUGUCUUUCUCCCACUUGCUGCAAGAAAAGAACCAGGGCUAUACUCACUUCUGCCGCGAUGGUGUCUAUAGCCACACAAUGCCUGUCUUACUGCACGGUCCUCACCGUGUAUGGGGUCUUACGGCUGUCAUAACUGAUCUGACUCUGGAGUUGCUAGUUCCAGGAAAAUACCGGAGGCGGAGUUAUGUCGUGGGUCGGCGCUGACUUUUGGCUCAAAUCCACACUUGGGUCUCCAAGAUCUCUUUCUGUUUUUCAUAUUUGUCAAAGAACUUCAGAACUGAUGAUCUCAUCAGCCAGGUGCUGCUCCUUUUCCUUGUCAUAAGGAUCUUUCAAAACUCAGGUCAGGUCAUUUCUGCAGAGCAUGAAGAAAACAGUUUCUCUCUUCAGUCCGCUACCCCAGAAUGCAACUGUUACAUUACUGGGGAAAGAGAGAAGAAACAUCUAUCCUGUUCUACUGUCAGUUGUUGUUUGGUCUUAUCCCAAAUAAAACCUGAAUAAACAAGGACACAGGGAACUUCAUGCAGAUUUCUGUUUUGGCAGGUCUAUGGGUACUAAAGAUAAAACGUAGCAGGUGUUAAACCCAGAGAUCCCAGACUUGCAUCCUUUUUUUUUUUGUAAUGGCAAUAAUUUCAUUCAGAAAUAUUGUAUUGACAGGCUAGAUAAAAUGAGUGUUUGCCAAAGAGGACACUGACCUUUUAAGAUAUUCAGAUAAGUGCCAGCCAUACAGUAUAGGAGAAAAUUCGUGAAUGAAUAUUAAUCCCUAUUUCUUUUAUAUUUCCACCAUUUCCUUGUCAUGUGGAAUUUCAGUUUAAAUCUCUGUGCCGAUUUAACAGAAUCUGCAUUUUAAUAACAGCUGUAUGUAAAUCUAGGCUGUAUGCAAGCAACAGUAUUUAAAUAUCUCUUCUGUUUUUAAUGAGAUCAAAUCUGAAAUUGUUUGGGAUAUAGGGAGUUUAAUAUAGUCAGUUCCUAGGUUUUUGAGACAUGGAACAUUUUCUCUAUACCCUUCCUACCCCCUAAAAUAGCAGAAUGAGUCACAUAUUGCUAUCCCAAGAAGACAUAAUUCUCAUUGAGGCUGUGGCAUAGCUUGUAGAACAAGGCAUCUUAUAAGAUGUUUGUGAACUGGUAGAACCUUGGUUGUGAUGGCAAUCUGAGUUCCUUUUUAUGGUGGUCAUAUGGUGGAAACAACAUGCCGAUUUCUCCUAGACUUAGUCCCAAUACUUUACCAGGCAAUGGUACAAUUGGAGUUGAAAACCAGGGGUUCAAAUAUUUUUUUUGGUGUAACAACAAUUCCAGAGUGUUGGCAGGCAAUUACAGAGAUGAUACAUAUUUCUGAACAAAGGUUCACACCAAAAAUGUUAUGUAUCCUUCCUUGGAGGAGAACAAAGAAUAUUGGUGCGUUAAGAGAGAGUCUGAAAAUAAUACGGUAGAAGUGUAUAGGUCUGAAUGGAUAUUGUAGCUUAAGAGACAGAAACUGAUAGAUUAUAAAUUGAAUGUGACUUUUGGAAAAAAGAAAAGUACCAAUGAAUACAUGAGGUGGACAGUUUUGUUUUACAGUAAGCAGGCUACCAGCUACUUUCAUAAGCUGAACGUGGAAAGAGGAGGGUCAUGCCUAAAAAGAGGCAAUAGAAAAGUGCUACUAAAUUUAAAUUAGUUUAAUAAAUAAAUACCAAUCCUGCCCUGAGGUUACAUCUAUGCAGGGAAGUCUCCACAAACAGGCCUCCCUCAAAGGUUGCACUGCAGUCCCAAAAGAGUCUCUCUGUGGUGACCAGCCCCAUCUGCCAGGUAGGGCAGAAUAGCAAAGAGCACCGUGAGCUCACAAGGAAAGCCCCACUCCUUCUGUGCAUGUGUAAGGACGUGACAUGUACUUCGAAAAGGGGCACAGCUUGCAGCAGGACUCUGAAAGCAGCCUGAUCCUUUGUGGCAGCAUCCAUGUGCAGAGACUUCCCUUUCUCUAACACUGUGUUUCUCAAUCUUG